AUGUCCCCAGUCCUGUCUGCUCUCCUCUGUCUUGGGCUGUGUCUGGGCCAGGUGAUAUGCGCUCCGGAAGGUCCUCUGUCUGAGCCCUCCCUCCAGGCCCUGCCCAGCUCCCUCGUGCCCCUGGGGAGGCCGGUGACCAUUCGCUGCCAGGGGCCUCCGGGUGCAGACCUGUACCGCCUGGAGAAGCUGAAAUCCGGGAGGUAUUUUGACCAGGCGGAGAUCUUCAUCUCGGAGAUGAAAACAGACCAAGCCGGCCGCUACCGCUGCUCCUAUCAGAUAGGGAUGCGCUGGUCCCCUCCCAGCAGCCAGCUGGAGCUGGUUGCUACUGAAAGUUUCCCCAAGCCCUCGCUCUCAGCCCAGCCCAGCACGUCGGUGCCCGCAGGAGUGACCGUGACUCUGCGCUGUCAGAGCCAAUAUGGUUUUGACCAAUUUGCUCUCUACAAGGAGGGGGACACCAGGCCCUUCAAGACACCGGAGAGGUGGUACCGGGCAGACUUCCCCAUCGUCACGGUGACUGCCGCCCACAGUGGAAUCUACCGAUGCUAUAGCUUUUCCAGCGCACAUCCAUACCUGUGGUCAGCCCCCAGCGACCCCCUGGAGCUUGUGGUCACAGGGGCCUCUGUGACCCCCACCUGGCUGCCCACGGAGCCACCUUCCGCUGCAACAGAAUUCACAGAAGCCUCCAGGAAACUGAACCACUCGAUUGCUAAGGAAGCCUCCACAACUGAAGCUUCUAGGAAUAUCACUGUCCUUCCAAAGGAGUCAGACCCUCCAACUGGUCUUGCCCUCCAGCACUACACCAAGGGCAAUCUGGCCCGGAUAUGCCUUGGGGCUGUGAUUCUAAUUCUCCUGGUGGGGCUUCUGGCAGAAGACUGGCACAGCCGAAGGAAACCUCCAAUGAUGCACCGGAUCAGAGCUGCACACAGGCCACUCCCACCCCUCCCACAGACCCAGAAACCAAAGGGUCGGCAGGAUAGGGGUCGACCAGAUGGUCACAACCGAGGCUUCCGUCACUAG